AAUCUUCGCGAUUCAAAGCCCUUGAAAACUGAUCUUGCUGGUUUGAGUUUUUUUUUAAAAGGAUUUAGAGCAAUCGCACAAAUUCUGUAAACCACACGAACCUCGUUGGAUGGGCGAUUUUACACGCAUUUUAUGAAGUCCGUUUAAAAGAUGCUGGCUGCAUGGGCUGGGAAUAGUGAAGGGAGCAGCAAACAGAGGUUACACACGUCGGGAAGAGUUUAAACAAUCCGCCACCCCACUUACUCGACCAGACUGUUCUCAACUAUCCGGGAAGAAGGAACUUGAGACUGGGACAGAAUGAGCUGGGCAUUCCCAAUCCUGCUACUCACUGCCCUGGGAGGAAGUUGGGGAUGUCAGCUACCUCACGACUGGAGACCACAAAGCGAGUCGUGUCGAGCUGAACUGGCCGAAAUCAUCAUCUAUGCAAAGGUGCUGGCUGUCCACAAAGACACUUACAGCGUCUAUAACUACCUGCCCUGGCAAUAUGACACCGACCUGUUCUACUCGGCAGAGGUCGAGCUGCUGUGUGACCAGGCCUGGGGCAGUAUGUUGGAGAUGCCGGCGGGAGCCAGGUUUAACCUGACUGGACUGGGAUACUUUCCUUGCCAUUCUUACACGGUCAUGGAAAACAACACUUACUACUUCUUCGUCAGGUUGGAUGAGAAUUACAACAUUGUGCCACAUGGAAUCAAUUUCCAGGAUCCAAUUUUUCCUGAUACUACUGAGAACAAACGUAUGUUUGCAAGUCUGUUCCAGUUCUCUAACUGCACCAGCGGUGCCCCUCAUCACACCUACAUGCCAGACUGGGAACUGCAAGAGGAUAAUCGGCUCCUGUGCUCAACUGUGCAGAAAGCCCUUUAUGAGGAGGAAGAUCGUGUGAGGAAGCUCUCCCAGAAAGUGAAAUCUCUUGAAAAGGCCAACAACCAUCUGCGUGAGAAGGUGAAGAGGAUUAAGCGCUCCCUUCGGCAGGUGAAAAAAGAGAGCAAGAGAGAAUCAAUUCUCAUGAAGCAGAUCCUACAGAAGGAACAGAACAAGGAGAGAGGAAAGUUGAACAUCAAGCAGGACACUGGCAAGCGACCCCUAAAGAAACCAGUCAAGAAACCAGUCAGCCAUAAACUGUAACAUUGCAGGCUCACUUGUAAUAUUCUAAACAUAAGAAAAGUGGGAACGUGACAUAUGUGAAAACUGGCUACAACACAGUGGCUAUCCAUUCUAAAUAACACUAUACUGAAGCAAAGUAGAAAACAAAGUGUUUGGUUCAGCUUUCGUGAUUGCAUUGUAUUAUUUGAGCAAUUUAAAUCAACUUUUUGUUCUAGUUAACACUUGUCAGAAUCCUAAGUGAACAUAGUUGAAGCAGGGAAAGACACCACAGCAAAAAAUUGCAAAAUGUUGUUACAAUUGGCAAUCUCACUCUAAGAAACAAUGAUUGAUGUGAAAACAAUAGUUCAUGAUGUACCAAGAUUGGAGAAAGCGUAUUAUUGGCAAAAGCAGCUUUACUGUAUGCAGUUGGUAAUGUACCGACUGUUAGAGUACUUAGUGCAGACAUUUGGUUUUAAGAGGGACAAUGCAUUUGUUUCCUAGUAUUGAUUUCCCUCAUUAAGGAAAGAGAUUGUAAAUUUAAAUGCAUAGAUUUAUUUUCCAAUCUCUUGUUGUGAUAGAAGUGGCCAUUAUUUAAGCAAAUAGGAAAGCUCAGAAAUGUUUUAAAUUUAAGGAAAAAUCAUUAACAGCAUAUCAUGAUAAUUAAUAAAUUGUCUACAGUAACACCUCUGAACAGGUUGAUUGGAAAAUAUCUAUCACAUAUUCUGAACUCAUUGAGUGCAUUAAAACGUUAUCCAACUGAUAUUCUGUCCCGAGUACUACAUUAUAUGUUUGUUAUUUUCUAAGUAACUUCCCACAGUAGAACUGGAAGGUGUGAUCAAAAGGGGGUGAAUUGAAAUCUUGCCUUAUGAAUGAGAAGAUAGCCUGCCAGGAUACUUUAAUCUUGGAAGAAAAACUCUUGUUCAUGAAAGACUUCACUGAUAUACUUUGGUGGCAAAGAUAAUUACAAGGCAAGCAAUGUAUUCAUGUCUUUUUGAAGCUUAUUGUUCCUGCUGCCUAUGCCUAAACAUGGCCACUUAACUUGAAUCACCAUUACCAACAAUCCAUUUACACAGUAUUCAGAUGGCUCUGUUGUUAAUUUAGACCAGGUUAGGUAGAUUGCUUCCUGUGAUAACCAUUUUUCCUCUUUGUAUGUGUAGUGCAUUUUUUUUUAUUUCUAUGCUUAGCUAGAACAGAUUUAUCUGAUUGAGUUUAUUUUUGUUUAAGGAUUUAUAUAUACUGCUGUUUAAGUACGUGUAUUUUCUCUUGGAGCUUGGCAACUUUGGCAACUAUGAUAGUGGGGUUUGGUGGUGAUCUUAAAUUGCAGUUAUUACUCCUGGAGUUCAGUAAUGCUUGGGAGGAAUUCUCAUGCAGUGAUUCAUCACUGAAUUUAUAACUUUCUGUGGAGAGGGCGUUUAUUACAAUGAUUAUAUUCAGUAACUUGCGAGAGAUGCUAUAGCAUGAUGAUUAUUCUGAGCUUGUUCUUUUCAUUUGAGACUAGUCAGGUUCUGUUAAUUUAAGGGAGAGUCACACAAUCACACAUCUCCUUUUGAAAAUGGGUAACCAACUUUUCAUUUACUUACAAACACAAUGACAUAAAUCACAGUGAAACAACAAUGAAAUGAACAGAAAGACCCUGAUGAACCUUUACAACAAAAAAAUCUCGUUAGAAACAAGAUUAUUUUCUAAAGGUUAGUUGUGCAGUUAUGUUUUCAUUGAUAUACUGACUAGUUACAAUCUAUGUUGAAUUAUCACUGACAUGUAAUAAGUGACCUAAAUGUAUGCAUAAAUGUAGAUUUGCUACUGAUUAUAAACCAAAGGGUCUUGUACUAAUAAAACUUUUCUUACAAUUUCUAGUUUCUUAGUUUCAAGAUUUUCUUUUCUUCUCCAAAUUCAAAAUGUAAAUGAAGAGUCUGGGAGAAAGGAAGUUAGGAUAUUGGUGCAGCAGUGAAGUGAUGCAGCACUAGACAUCCUAAUAUGUGAAGGAUGGCUGGACUUCUAUUCCUCAAAUGCCGAGGUUCUGGUUUCAGUUGUGUGAUCUGAAGGAAAUAAUGAUGAAGGUGAAUACUGUCACCAUGGGGAGAAUGAAAGUAAAAGCACUUGGCCCAGACUUGCCACCCUUACACACUUCACCUGACCCAAUGAGUGCAUAUUAUGUACUCUCAGCUUGUGAAGGACCUCAUUGGAAUAUCCAAGUAACUAAUAAAAUUAUAU